AUGUAUCGUGCGCUAACUUCAUCGAGUCAAACACUUGCUCAGCGAGUAGUUCGUUCGACAUUGACUUUUACUCGUUUAUCAAGUACUGACCCAGAAGCUGGUUCCGUCAGUGGUCAAGACGCCUUCAAUAAGAGAGAAAAAGCAGAAGAAUCACGAUGGGCUCGUCGUUUCGAAGCCGAACAAGCUGAAAAGUAUCGUAGUAGUAAAGGCGCUCAAAGCGGUGGUCAGAAGCAAGCAGGUAGACAAAGUCCUGCCGGUGGUUCGAACCAACAACGUCUAGCUGAACUCGAAGCUGAAAAACGCCGAAUUGAUCAAGAAAUUGCUGAUCUCAAACGUCAAAAACGUUAA